UCACAGCACGGCCAUUGGCUCCCAGAAUUGCACUGGAAAGCAGAGAGAGAAAAGGCAACGAGAUCACAACAACAACAACGUCGACGACAGUUGCCGCGGAAAAGGCACUUUUCCAAUUCGAGUUUUGAUCGAUCGGUUUCACCGACAGUAAAGAAACCGAUGUCCCAAUGGCUGCAAACUUCACCCUAUCAGACAGCGAUUCCGAGCCCUCUGAGGAGGUAGAAGAAGGGGAAAACACCCCUGGAGCAAAGGAAAAUGAGCAGUACCUCCGCCAAGGCCUUUACCUUACAUUACCCGAGCGCCGAAUGGCAGCGGCGUCCGGUCGGAUCCGCCUCAACUCCGAGUCGCACGCUUCCACGGUGUCCCGGGACGAGGAGCUCCAGGCCAACAGGGUGGACGAGGAGCCCGGGACGCCCACUGACGGCGCUCCGUUCCGGGGACGUUCCAAGUCGGCGCCCCCUGCGCUGUGGGCCGCCAAGAAGUACGGGCGGCAGCUGCGGCGCAUGAGCGAUGAAUUCGACAGCCUGUUGGACAAAGGGGAGUUCAAGUCAAAGAGCCCGUCCAGGCCUAUCCACCACUCAUACACCUGGUGGAGCUACCUGUUUAGUCACCAGGAGACGGACGGAGAAAACAACCACAUGGACAACCAAACAUCCCGUACCGAGUAGGCGCCGACAUACAUUGACAUUUCAGGGCCGGAAUCCCUGAAUUCCGCUGGACUAAACCAGGAGACGCAGGGACCGUCGGACGCCUCUUUGACUACUUUUCAUCCGUUUUUUUCUUUUAACGAUAUUGUCGGGAACUGCAUCGCUCGGUCAUCUCGUGCAGACACUAUGCAACACACUGUCGACAUAAAACCCGAGCGUUUCAGUGGACCUGAAAUCCAGCCGGUCCACCUUGACUGGAAUCAACAAUCAGAAAGGUCAAGGAAAGAACAAUCUUGUACAGACAAUCUUAAUCGACUCUUUUACCGAAGGAGGAUAAGCACAAAUCCCUAAGAAAUGUUUUGAGAGAUUUAUAAACAGACGUUUAUUGGUGUAAAUAUUGUCAAGCCACUGCGGCCGGAAGCAAUGUGAGGAGCGCGUUGCCAUGUUUCCAUGCAGCCAAUUUUUAAGAUAUUCGGCAUACUAACGUAGUUUUCGGACUAUAAGUCGCACCAGCCCAAAAAAAUGCAAGUCUAAGUAUUACGAUGUCCAACCGUAGACUUCAUAAUGAUACUGACGGGACACGGAGCUGAUUGAUAGGGGGCCUACAUUGUUGGCGUGGCCGUCAAAGCUGACCGAGUAGAUUGAAAAUUCUUGUGAAUAAAUGCUUAAAACCAUGAAUUCUUUAUAGAUAUAGACGUAAAACAGUCUCGAUUCUUGGUUAAUGGCAAAAAAAAAAAAAACGUGCAGUUAGCAUUUAUUUUACGUAAAUAUGUCGAAGUACGAUGCUAGUCUGUUUAAAUAUGGCGGCCGCCACAUUGACUGAGCUUAUCUGGUGAAAAUUCUUGUGAAUAAAUGCUUAAAUCCCUGAAUCCUUUUCGAUAUGGAUGUAAAACACUCUCGAUUUUUGGUUAAAAGCACAAAAAACAAAACAAAAAAAAAACGUGCAGUUAGCAUUUAUUUUAAGUAACUCAUGUACAAUGCUAGUCUGUUUAUAUAUGGCGGCCGCCACAUUGACUGAGCUUUUCCGGUGAAAAUUCUUGAGAAUAAAUGGUGAAAUCCCUGAAUUCUUUAUAGAUAUGGAUGUAAAACAGUCUCGAGUCUUGGUUAAAAGCAAAAUAAAAGUGCAGUUAGCAUUUAUUUUACGUAAAUAUGUCAAAGUGUAAUGCUAAUCUGUUAGUCAAUGUAGUGGCCGCCAUAUGUAAACAGAGCUUUUCCGGUGAAAAUGAUUGUGAAUUAAUGCCUAAAUCCCUGAAUCCUUUUCAAUAUGGAUGUAAAACAGUCUUGAUUCUUGGUUAAAAGCAAUAAAAUGUGCAGUUAGCCUUUAUUUUAUGUAAAUAUGUCAAAGUGCGAUGCUAGUCUGUUUGUUUAAAUAUGGCGGACGCCACAUUGACUGAGGUUUUCCAGUGGAAAUGCUUGUGAAUAAACGCUUAAAUCCCUGAAUUCUUCAUACAUAUGAACGCAAAACAGUCUAAAUUCUUGGUUAAAAGCAACAAAAAAAAAACAUGAAGUUAGCAUUUAUUUUACCAAAAUAUGUCAAAGUGUAAUGCUAGUCUGUUAGUCAAUGUGGCGGUCGCCAUAUGUAAACAGCUUUUCCGGUGAAAAUUCUUGUGAAUAAAGCUUAAAUCCCUGAAUUCUUUAUAGAUAUGGACAUAACACAGUCUUGAUUCUUGGUUAAAAGUAGGGCUGCAGCUAUCGAUUAUUUUAGUAGUCGAUUAAUCGAUGAACUAGUUAGUUCGAAUAAUCGAGUAAUCGGAUAAGGAACAUGAAAAAUUAAAAUACCCGAGCUGAGCCUUAAACGGUAUAAAAAAAUAAAUGCGGAUCUAAGUACAACAAAAGAACAAUUGGCUAACUUACAUAGCAAAAGUCCGCUAGCUUAAAUGCUACAAAAUGCUAACUUUUUUUUUUACAAUGCUCUGAAAAUGGUUCACGCAUUUCCACAUAAAAUGGCUAAAUAUGCCUAUAAACUAAAUUGUGAAUGCAUAAAAAACAUCUCAAACAAAAACUUAGCUUAUGUUGAUCUUAACAGGGAGCAGUUGGAUUCAGCCAUGUGAAAUUAGGCAGACAAGAGGGCAAUGUAUCCACCCAAAUAUAUAAAACUAAAUGCGAACACAUUAUUAAAAUAAACCAUCACAACGCCACUUUAAUUAAACGAAUACUCGAAGCAAUAAAACUUAAUUCGAAUAUUUUUUUUCUAAUCGAAUACUCGAGUUAAUCGAUUAAUCGUUGCAGCACUAGUUAAAAGCAAAAAAAAAAACGUGCAGUUGGCAUUUAUUUUACGUACAUAUGUUGAAGUACGAUGCUAGUCUGUUAGUCAAUGUGGCGGCCGCCAUGUGUAAACAGAGCUUUUCCGGUGAAAAUUCUUCAGAAUAAAUGUUUAAAUCCCUGAAUUCUUUAUAGAUAUGGACGUAAAACAGUCUUGAUUCUCGGUUGAACAAAUAAACGGGCAGUUAGCAUUUAUUUUACUUCUAUAUACUAUAUCUAAGUACGAUGGUAGUGUGUUAGUCAAUCCGCCGUUGGAUUGCUGCAUGUGUUGACUAACUGUAACAGACAGCGAAUAACUGAAGCGGACUGUAGGCCAGCCCCCUACUUGAAGGCGUUGCGCAGAUGCUGAUGGAUGUGACCUGUCACUACAAUUAUGAAGUCCAACACUAACAUGUCCCACAUGACAGACUAACUCAUAUAAAGCACCAGCCCUGGCUAACUCCUGACUGAUGCCUAGCCCAGUUGAUCUACGUAAAAAAAAAAAAAAAAAAGGCGAUUUAUAGUCCAGAAAACACAAAUAGCGUCAAUUCCGCUAACUCGCAGCUUAUCGCUAAGUCGCCAACAAACUACUUCAUGUUGAAUAAGUUUCUUGCGUGCGUAUAAGCUGCUUGAUAGCGGUCUUACGUGGCCAGAUAUUAGAUAAGAAUUAACCCAGAGGUAUUCAUCAGGUUUUUAGACUUGAACUUUGAAAUUUUAUGGCCUUUCAUAAGCAUGUUCCUGGCUUUUGAAAGGUUUAUUGGCCGUAUAGAAACGUGGUCUGCCUUGGAUGAUGUCCCAACCACCAGAGAUUUCCUAUUUUGACCCUCAAGUGCUGGCAUGUCUCGUGCACUGAACACUGGAUCAAUAGAUGGUUGCUAUGAAUAAUUAGCCUUGACAAAUGUGAUGGUUAAAAUACGUUGCCGUUUGUUCUGUCUUUGAAAGAUUUUAUUGUAGUCUCCAAAUGGAUAUCCAGACAAUCUAAAUGGUCCGCAUUUGUUUUGCGCGUUUCACUAUUAUCGUCACAGUUGCGGAAUGGACUGAAAUGGAGUUACGAGUUGUGGUUUUGUAUCGAAAGAAGACAACAUGGCGUCAAGCGAAUUUGAUCAAAUGCCUUCAACGUUGGGUAGGAGCGCCUUAAAACUACACGUGAUGAUACUCAAGACCGAGAGAAACUUUGCGACUCGCCAUUACUUGAAUCUUUCUGGAGAAUAUUUGACUUGUUUUAUUUUUACGGAGAUUUGUACAUGCAUUUUCUCUACAGCUGUGAAACUUAUUCUAUAUGCUGUUCUGAAUAAAUCAUGUUUAAGAUUUAGAACUCAUUGGAAA